CCCCGGUGCCCCCCCAGCCUUAGCCCCGCCCCCUCCCAGUACGCGCAGGCGCUGGCCCAGUUCAUCCGCAGCCAGAGCAUCCGGGAGCUCAAGGUGUGGACGAGCCACAUGCGACGCACCAUCGAGACGGCCGAGGCGCUGGGGGUGCCCUACGAGCAGUGGAAGGCCCUCAACGAGAUCGACGCCGGGGUGUGCGAGGAGAUGACCUACGAGGAGAUCCAGGAGCGCUACCCCAAGGAACUGGCGCUGCGCGACCAGGACAAGUAUCGCUACCGUUACCCCAAGGGAGAGUCGUACGAGGACCUGGUGCAGCGGUUGGAGCCGGUGAUCAUGGAGCUGGAGCGGCAGGAGAACGUCCUGGUCAUCUGCCACCAGGCCGUGAUGAGGUGCCUGCUGGCCUAUUUCCUGGACAAGAGCGCGGGUGAGCUGCCCUACCUCAAGUGCCCCCUGCACACGGUGCUCAAGUUGACCCCCGUGGCUUAUGGUGAGCAAGGGGGUGUCCCCCCCAAAUGGGGAGUGUCCCCCCCAAAAUGGGGAGUGUCACCCCCAAACGGGGACAAUCCCCCCAAAAAAGGGACUGCCCCCCCUUUAGUGUCCUGCCCCAAAAUA